CUUCUUGGGCAUCAAUACAUCUUGCGUUCUCUUCCACCUGCAUUUAUCUUUCAACAUUUUCUUCUGCUGCCCCGUCAAUAUUCAGCCAUCAACCCUUUCUGCGGUGUGACACAUACGACACAUACAGUUUGACAGCGCGCCUCUUCGGCCAAAAACGACAUAUCUUGCUUGAAGAUCUAAGCCACACCAAGCACGUCCAUCUCUUUCGAGAUUCAAGCAUAUCAUCAUGUUCUACACAAUGUAUCUCGAUGGUCUCUGCAAACGCCGACACUGGCCCCAGCCUAUGUUCCAACCUUCCGUUACACGUCAUGGCUACACCUGCGUCGUCCGCGUCAACAAUCGCGAAUACAGCACAGAUGGACAACAUUAUACGACCGAAGCUCUCGCCCGCGACGCCGCCGCUACUCGCGCAUACAUGAUUUGUCGCAACUUUUCGGUCAAUGAUGGCAUGUACCCCGGCCAAAAGCCGGGCUCAGGCACAGUCCAAGGCCUUCCCGUCGCUAUCGGUUCUGGUCGCAAGAAUACCGCUGUUGCCACAUCGUCCAACAACGACCAAAGAAGAAGAUUGGGCGAGCUGAGAGAGGAAGAUGAGGAUGAAAGCUCCAGCUAUACUUCUGGUGGCUCCAGCCCUAGAAGUGUCGAUUCUGCGGUUGCUGGACUCAGGUCUGCUAACGCUGGUGCUGCGAAACCUCAUGCUAGACAGAUUGCUUGUGCCUGUCGUCGUGCUCCGGUACUGCAACACUAUCCUCGUUGCCAAUACUGCCUUCGCGAUGCUGGAUGGAUCUCCUUCUAAACACCACGAAAGGCCUCAGACAUCUGUGUCUGACGGGAACCGGGGUGGAAGGAAAAAAACGACGACGCAGGAAAACGAUUACGACAUACUAGACUUUACGACCCUCACGAAAAACAACACACAUGAUAUUUCUUAUUUCAUUAUCAGUCAUCUUUCUACUUCACGACACUCACCAAAAUGUUACCAUGGAACGAACAGAACUAGCGGAGGAUAAUGGAUGUUGCAUUAAAUGGAGUCUUCUUCUUCUUCUUUUCUUCCUCCUCUAUCCUCAUAUUCUUUCCUUGUCAUCAAAAAAU